CUUUGUCGAGCUCCGGCUACGUGGGCUGAAUCAGAUUUCCAUGGGCUGGUCCCGAGUCGAUGGCAUAUAGAAGUGUACUUGCUUUGCAAUCGUCGUCGCUCCCUUGCUUGGACUUUGGUUUCUGGUCGCUUCAGUGAAGUUGGAGAGAAGAAGUCUGUUCACCCCUCUUAAGACCAUAGGACCCCAGGUACUGAUGAAUCUAUCCAACAAUGUAAAUGGGGCCCCUACAUUGCGAUAUCCGAGCUUCCUUCUGAAUUUACUCCUGAUCUACCAGCUGAUAACGGCCGCGUUCGGAUUUCCAUCUUGUGCAAGAAAUUUGCUGGGAGCCAGGAAUCAAGAAGUGUUUAAAAAUGAGGAGGACGCCAGCAGCUUCUUGGGUCGCCGACUGCACUACAACCAGUUUGACUUCGAGAUGUUCGUCAUGGGAAAUCUGGAGAGAGAGUGUUAUGAGGAGCAAUGCAACUACGAGGAAGCCAGGGAGAUAUUUGAAGAAGACAAUUCGUUGGUGGCAUUCUGGAAGGAGUACUCACACCGGAUGUCAAAGGAAGGUACAGAAAUAAAGAUUGACGUCAUUGGGCUUCUCACGGGUCUAAUUUGUGCAGGAACCUUACUGGUCAUAUUUGGACUUCUUAGUUAUUACUGGUACACAGUCUAUUGUUACCCAAGAAGACAUAUUCCAAUUCCAGAAGAAGACCACGACUGUAGAACUACAUCCAACAGUCCCAGGACACAAGAGUCGUUUCCAUUACAGAAUACCGUAUCUUCCUCAACGGAGAAUGGACCACCCUCCUAUGCACAAGCUGUGGCAAUGGAUGCUGCUUAUGAUGUCCCACCACCGCCUUAUCCCGGGACUGUAGACCCAAAACUCUACAAAAAGUCCCUCUCGAUUCCUGCUUCUCAAGGGCUUUGAGUAGGUAAAGAGUGCGUUGGAGCUAUUAUUUACACUGUAGAAGAACUAUAGGAUGGAGGAAAGUAUAAAAAUCCCUUUUACCUUUGGGGAAUGAGAAGAGCGGUGUAUGUGAAGCCAUGGUGGAUUACGGAACUUUUUUUUAACAAUUCAUCAUUUUCCUGGUUUAUAAGGUGACAUUCUGAGUGAAUGCCUGGAAACAUGAACGAAACAUAAAAUGGAAUUGAGGUUUAGGAUUAUCCUGAUGGAUUCUGGAUCUUCUUUUAUAGACUGAGAUGAUGAGAAGGUUCCAUGAGAAGGGAUGGAACACAAAUGAGAACUUGAAGACACACAAGGUGUGUGUGACUCUUCUUGGAGUAUACGCUCUACGGCCAGGAGAUAUUGUACGGCCUGUUGGCUUUGGACACGUAUUGUAUUUCUGUACUUUCAAUGGGAUGCAUAAAGCGGCAGAGAAUUUUAUAAUGAAUACACACGUUACUAAAAAAUGAUCCUGAGAAUGAAGACUAUAUGGCGAUGUAGAAAGUACCGUGAAAUAAUAGUAAAUGAUUAUACAGCA